AGACACGCCUCCAUUCUCCUGGGAUUGUCGAACUCUCAGAUUGCAACGCACGUUUGAUGGUCGCUAAUGGCUCCGACUAUUCUAAGAGUGAAGAGGAAAAGGGUUGCAGACCCGGUUGACGCUUUGGUGUUGGCAUGUAAGCGUGUUCGUCCAGAGUCUGACGCAGAGAUCGCAGGCGCGGACACUGCAGGCGCCGAUAUCCAGAGUGCAGUUUUUAAACUCGCCGCCACCGUCGCUUCAAAGGAUGCUUCAGUACAAAAGCAAAUUCGAGAAGCUCUGUCGAGGGAACGUGCCGCUCAGGCUCUACGUCCCUCCCUGCAGAGUUCCCAAAGAAUCCUCGAACAAGCACGCAUUGCAAAAAGAAAUGCCCGGCAAGAGAGCAGGUAUCUUGUGUUGGCAAAUCAUCGAACUGGUAUCGUGUCAGAAGAACUUAAACAUUAUGAUGAUAAAGCUCAAGAAACAGACGCAAAGGCAGAGAAGUCUUCUAGGAAAGCUGAUGACCCAGUUCAAGACAAACCAGAUUUUCAGAUAUUUGAUAUUGUCCAAGAAGAGGAUGAAGAGGACAUAUCAGUCCCAUUCUCCACCGACCCUGAGACUAUCCUCUGUAAUUCAGUGAAAAUGAUUCGUGAAAAACUGACUCUGUCAGGUGAACACACAAAAAAAGAGAUGGGGGAUAAUGUGAAAGAAGACGAAUAUGUGUAUGACAUUUAUUACCAAGAAUCUGCCGCCCCAGGAUGGAUUCAGGAUAUCUUGUCUGUUAAGCCCUACUUUGAAGAGAAUGAGUUGGUCCCUGAGGAGGAUCCACAAAUUCUGGAAGUGUAUGAAGAUGAAGAUGAUGAAAAUGAAGAGGGAAACUGGAGAAAUGACUAUCCUGAUGAGGAAGAAUAUAGUGAAGGUGAAGAAAGGUAUUCAGAUUUCAGUGACAGCAGUUCUGAUGAGGAUAGAAACCAGCACUACAGGAAUGGCUGGAGGUCAUGGGAUAAAUACCAGAAUGACAUAAUGCAGGACCUAAAACACCUUGAUGAAGGAGGCACAUAUGAAUCAGACUGAAAGUAAUUCAACUGGAUCUCCAAAUUUCCCUUCCCUACAUGGAACAUUUCACCCUUUUUUUUUUUUGGAUGGUCUACAAGUUUUAAGCACUUGGUAAACAAUUGCCUUUGUAAUUUGAUGCUAAAGAUCUUGUUGAUACAAUUGCUCUUUUAAUCAGAGCACUUCUGUAGAUAAAGCUGGCAACUGUACUUGGCAUAUCCCCAUUGCACAGACACUGGAUGGUGGAAGUUUGACGUUUUUAUUGCACUACCUUAAAAUGUUUGAAAAUGAAUUAAGCCAGAACCUUUACUGUAAAUAUCUGUACAUGUAUUGUAUGUACUUAUGUAUAGUCUGAAUGUACUAUUUUAAUAAAGUUGCAGGAGUUGUAAUAAUGCCAUUUAACACUUUUUACCAAGCAUUAAUGUAAACAAUGUAUUCUUUAUUUUUUUUAAUAGCAAUGCAGUGACAUGAAAAUCAGCUGUUAUUCUAAAUGCUCUGAAUUCUGCACAAAAGCUUGAUGUUUAGUUGACUACACAAAAGGACGCUUUUUAUAAACUAUAUUCCUCACAUGA